CUGAUGCUCCACUGCUGACUAAGGCAUUUAUACAAUUGGCCCAUUGAUCCUUUGAUGGCCACAUCAGACAUAAAAGGGGACUCAGCAGAGAACAGCCCCAAUCAAAUUACUACAGCCAUGAACGGAAAGAUCAUCUUUUACGAGGAUCGUGAUUUUCUGGGUCGCUCGUAUGAAUGCAGCAGCGACUGCUCGGAGCUCAACUCCCACCUGAGCCGCUGCCACUCUGUGCGCGUCGAGAGCGGGGUCUUCGUGGUGUACGACCAGCCCAACUUCACUGGCCGCCAGUAUCUUCUACGGAAAGGGGAGUAUCCUGAGUACCAGCGCUUGAUGGGCUUCAGUGACUGCAUCCGAUCCUGCAGAAUGAUCCCUACGUACAAUGGCUCCUACAAAAUGAGGAUCUAUGAGAGGGAGAACUUCGCCGGUCAAAUGCAUGAGCUAAUGGACGACUGCGAGUCGAUCCAAGACAAAUACAGCAUGUCCAACAUGCUGUCCUGCCACGUGAUGGACGGCCACUGGCUGAUGUACGAGCAGCCCCGCUACGGAGGCAGGAUGAUGUACCUGAGGCCUGGAGAGUACAAGAGCUUCAGAGACCUCGUUCUCGACAACAUGCGAUUCUCCUCCAUCAGACGAAUCAUGGAUUACUGAAGGCUGUCGAGGCGCUUUUAAUAAACAUUCAUUAAAAAAAGUAUCAACUUGUAAAAACUUCUUAUAGAUGUUAAUGAAAAAUGAAUGGUGGAAGGCUAAUUGAGGGUAUAGUCGUGCAUUUUAUAUAACCAAACACCGGAACAAUCUGAUUGGUUGUAUUUGUUGUAUAUCCAUAUCUGUUAACAGCGCGGUAUUUCACCAUACCUGUAUCUUUGCUUUGACCUAUAGUUAAUUAUUAAUAAUUAACAAUAAUGGUUGUGACAUGCCAAUUGUGCUGGAAAUGCAUUCUGUGAAAAUAAAAAUAAAACUUUAAAAUGUAA